CUUGAAAAUGGCUAAACUGCAGGAAUAAUGCAAGCUUCAUAAGUCUUUGAGUCUCUUCGUGUUAAUGCUGUGUCACUAUUUAAUACACAGAUAAUUGUUUUCACAAAGAAAUGCUUCAGGCAGGAUACGUUCAUCAUCGAAUAUUACCGUAAUCGGAUAGUAGAGAGCGUUGGGAAUAACUUCUUGUAAGAUUUGAGGUUUUCACAGCGGUGAGUAUGAAGAUUCAUCGCCCUGAUGACGGAGGCAGUAUGACCUCUGAAACGUUGGUUAACAUCGACCAGACUAGACAGCGCAACAACCCAGAAGACAGAAAUCUUUGAAUAACUUCUUGUUCACACAAUAUGAUGCAAAUUUUGAAAUAUCUCAUUUAAUUCUGCAACUUAUUUCUAAACUUUUUUGUUUUUUGUGUGAGGGUGAAAUGACAAGGGUACAUCUGACCCAAACCUCCAUCUGCUUCCAUGACCUAGAUUGUAUGGAGCUUUUCCUCCAUGUCCCCUGUAUACCGUAAUGACAUGGUACAUUGGCCCAGAGGGAACUUUACCUGUAUUUUUAAAUGUCUUCAAUGUUUAACAAAUGAAUACUUAAGUUUAAGUAAAAUAGCUGCCUUGAUUGGGUACAGUAAUCUUAUAAUUUAAUUAGAGUUUUGAUAUAAAAUAUAAUUAAGAAUCUGUUAAUGGUAAGUGCUGUUGAUUCUAGGUUACAAACAAAUUUAUUUUGCUAUGUGUAAAGAUUGCCAAAAAUGUGUGAAAUUUUUGUUGCAAAUGCAUAAUGUUUAGCAAGAUGCUGAUAGGACUGAAUGUUGCACCCAAGUGGUUAGUACUCCAGCUUCAUAUUUGAAAGAUCCUGUGUUAAUAUCUUUAGCUGGAGACCAAAUAUCCUGUCUAAUAUUUUUCAUGGUUAUCCUCAGUCCAUCCAGGCAAAUGACAGAAUAGUACGUUAAAUUAGGUCAUAACUGUAUUGAUUCGAUAUAUAAGGAACCAGAUCUGUAACUCUGAUUAUUCUCAAAAUGACACUGUCCCAUAGACUACACAGGUAUCUUAUCAGUACUGAUAAGGCACUCCUUCAGUCAAUAUAAAAUAAUCAAUACCAGCAUUUGGGUUAACUUCUGCAGUCCGAAGCGGAUGUGUGGUAUCUUGGUGCUACGUAAUAUUUGGGGAUGGCAUCAACAAGUCCAGCUGCAGGGGAGAGCCUUCCUGAUUAUGUAACAGUUUCAGAAUGUGUAAAGCAAGGCAAAGGAGAUGAAGGGGAUAGCAGUAAGGUGAUGCACACUCCACCAAUAGGACCAAAGGCAGAGGAAUACAAAAUGAAUCAUGAGAGGAGAGGAAGGGCAAUCAUACUGAACCACGAGAAAUAUAGCGAAAGUCUGAAGCUUAAGGAGAGAACUGGGACAAUUACAGACAAAAUAACUCUGAAGCAACGUUUUGAAAAGUUGAAUUUUGAUGUAUCUGUACACGAUGAUCUAACUGUUGCUGAUAUAAAGAAGUUACUAAGUCAUAUUUCACAACUUGAUCACAGAAAUGAAGACUGCAUUGUGGUUGCUGUCCUUACUCAUGGGAGAGGAAAAGGCAAAUUAUAUGCAUAUGAUGAGCUGUACAAAGUGGAUUUACUUUGGUCCAGUUUCACAGCAGAUGUGUGCCCGUCUUUGGGUGGAAGACCAAAAAUAUUUAUUGUCCAAGCAUGCAGAGGAGAUGAAGCAUCAGAGGGCAUGAGUUUUAAAAGCAGCAUUCAGUUAGACAGCAGUAAAAUGAACAUGGAAGCAACUUCGCAUCGCUAUUCAAUUCCUGCGGAAGCAGACCUGUUGAUCGCAUUCAGUACGUAUGAAGGGCGUGUUGCUCUACGGGAUACUGAAGAUGGCACAUGGUUCAUUCAGGAGUUUUGCAAAGAGUUGGAAGAUAAUGGAGACAAGAUGGACUUGCUUUCAUUGUUCACAAAUGUAAAUCGCCGCGUUGCUGUCAACAAGGAAUAUAAGAAAUUGAAACAAAUGCCAGUCGUUCAGUCAACCCUCACUCGCAAAAUCUUCUUAGGUUCGGCCGUUAGACGCAGCAACAUAACACUCACGAGUGAUGUUAGCUGUCUUCUAGGAAAGACAAAUGAAAAACUGGACCACAUAACAAAUAUGCUUCAAUACAGAAAACAGUCAGUCCCUAUACCAAGAUUAAGGCCAGAUAGGAAGCAGAGUUCUUCUUUGAAUUGGGACAGCUUACAGUCUUGUAAGCAAACUGUGGCUAGUCCCAUGCCACAAGCAGAAAGUGUAUAUAAAAUUUCUGAAGGCCUUAAAAUGUUCUUAGAGGAUGAAGCUGACAGAUUAAAACCAACAGUUAAGGAAGAUGGCGAGUUUUUGCUCAAUUUCCUAUCAUGCUGGGAAACUUUGAAUGAAGAAUUGAGGUAUUAUGGUUACAAAGAACUGGUGUUAUUUCUGAAUGAAAAUGCUAAAAAUUGGAAGGUAUAUAAAUUCUUGGAUGUUCCUGACUCUGGCUCUUUCAGUCAAAGUCACCACCGACGCUGGUCACAGUCGGAUGUAACGGAUGCAGGUAGCUCUCCUAAUAAAACAUCCACAAUUCCACGUCGCAUUGUUUCUAAGAAAUACAAGUAAUAUUCUUAUUAUUAUUCAGUGUAUAAAUUGUAAAAUAAUUUGUAGAAAUUUUAAAAGAGAACUUAUAUUUAUAGCAUGAACCAUGGAACUGUGGAAAAAUAUUUAUGUUCUUAUCAAUGAUCUGAAAGUAUAUAUUUAUAUAACAACAGGUCAGGUUUGAGUUAUAUUACCCUGCUUUUAGUUUCUUAUGGCUUCUGAGUGUGCAUUCAAAUAUGUGGCCAGCAUGGAUAGAUUUCAUAAAAUGCAGUUUCAAAUCUGAUAUUUCCAAAAGAAUGGACUUUUUUCCCUGUAUUAAUAUAAAAUGAUGAUGUGAAAGUAGCUAACAUAUUUUAAUGUGAAAUGCAUAGAUAUGUUUAAGCCACGUUCUGUAUUAAUGUGAAUUUUGUUUUGUGGAUUAAUCGAAGUAUUUCACUGGCAUCAGUUAAUACUUUAAUGUUACAGCUGUUGAUGAAUUUUUUCAUGUAUCCUUCAUUUGUCAAUCACAUCUGUUUGAUCCUUUUAGGUCCGUAACAUAUUUACUCAGUUUUACUAUGAAAUGGUAAAGAUAGUCCAAGAAUUUAGUGAUCCUGAUAGUAAUGAUUGUGUAUUGAAUGUGGAAGCAUACCCCUAGAAAAACAACUGACCAGUCAUACCACAUACUAUUCCAGCUGCAUCCUCCUUUGACCAGUAUGCUGUAAACUGAGGGAUUAUUAUUCUCCGAAGUUCAGAUUUUAAAUGUUGUGUAAAUAAAUGAAGUUAAAAUAUAA